UAUGAAGUACCUGAUGCAAGUUAAGAAUAUAUAUCGAUGGAUGAAAAGUAAAUACUUUAAUAUAUUAAUCUAGUUUAUUCGAUUCAGAUUUUUCAAAUAGUGCAACAGAAUGGAUAACUUAUUGUUUUAAUUAAAUUUGUUGUAUUUCUUAUCCUUUUUUUGAGGUUUUUUAUUUAAAGAGAGAAACUAAAAAGGGAUAUACUAAGGUUUAACAAUGUUAUUGGAUUUAAUUGUUAUUGAG